CCACCCCAACACCCCUUAAAAAAAAAAAAAAAAAAAAAAAAACGCAGUUCUAAGAGAGAGAGAGAGAGAGGGACGGGAAAGUGAGGGUUUUUCUCUGGGGGUUUUCGAGAGAAAUCAGAGUUUUUGGAAUGUGAUUUUGAUUUUUGGUCUUCGGAAUUUCUCUCGUAAUCGUUUGGGACUUUUUAAUUUUGUAAUUUUUUUUAAUUAAAAAAGAAGAAGCAUAUUUUGGAGAUGUACAUAGCAUCCAUGCGAAAGUCAUUCAAAGACUCUUUGAAAGUGCUUGAAGCUGAUAUUCAGCACGCUAAUACCAUGGCCUCAGAGUUUUCAAGGGAGUAUGAUGGUGCCUGUCUUCAGAUGCGAAUAUCAUAUAGUCCAGCUGCACACCUGUUCCUUUUUCUGGUGCAAUGGACUGAUUGCCAUCUUGCAGGAGCCCUUGGUCUGCUAAGAAUUCUGAUUUACAAGGUGUAUAUGGAUGGCACAACCACCAUGUCUACCCAUGAAAGGAAAGCAUGUAUUAGGGAGUUCUAUGCUGUAAUUUAUCCCUCUUUACUGCAACUUCAAAAAGGUGUAACUGAUUCUGAGGACAAAAAGCAGAAGGCAGUAUGCAUGGAAAGGUACCGAAAAAGAGAUGAAGAGGAAAAUAGGCAAUGUUCAGAUAUAGAUGUUGAAAGAGAAGAAGAAUGUGGUAUAUGCAUGGAGAUGAAUAGUAAGAUUGUAUUGCCCAACUGCAACCAUGCAAUGUGCAUGAAAUGUUACCGUGAAUGGAGAUCAAGAUCACAAUCAUGCCCCUUUUGUCGUGACAGUCUUAAGAGAGUAAACUCUGGUGAUCUCUGGGUAUACACUGACAGCAGGGAUAUAGUUGACAUGGCAACUGUGACAAGGGAGAAUCUUAGGAGGCUGUUCAUGUAUAUAGAUAAGCUGCCUCUUGUUAUACCUGAUACUCUUUUUGAUACUUAUGAUUCCCACUUAAGGUGAUUAGUACAGUUAAAGCCGCCAUCUUCUAUGGCAUUCGAAUUGGUAGUUCCUUGUCUUUUGGUUACAUAAGGACCAGAAUUAAUUCGGAAAUUUUAAUUAGUUUCUUCCCGCUUCUGAUAAGAAGAACCCAGCCGGAAUUACUGUAGGCUGGUGGGUGAAGUUAAGCUAGUUUAAUUUGAAGGGGUUUCUAAAUUGUAUGUAGCACAUUUGUACAUGCUUGUAUAGCUUUGAAAGUUUGCAUAUAAAAAGUGCUUUGCAGA